AUGGCGGCAGAGACGACAGGAUCGCGGCAGCGGCGACUCUUGAACAGCCCCGCAACUGGCGGCGCUGAUAGCGGCGUCCGUGGCGCCGCCAAGGGCGCCGCUGACCCUGUCCCCGCCCGCGCCGCAACUUCCGGCGGGUUGAAAGCAAGGGUCAAAUCGUGGAGGAAGCGCGGGGCGUGGACGGCGGCGGAGGACGCGGAGCUGAGCGCUUACGUGGCAAAGUACGGCGCGGGAAACUGGAAGCACGUGGCGGAUGCGACGGCGUUGAAACGCGACGCGCAGAGCUGCCGCCUGCGGUGGUCCAGCUGUCUCAACCCUAAGGUACGGGCACCACAACUGCGGGGAGGGGGAGGGGGAGGGGAGGGGAGGGGAGGGGAGGGGAGGGGAGGGGAGGGGAGGGGAGGGGAGGGGAGGGGAGGGGAGGGGAGGGGGAGGGGAGGGGAGGGGAGGGGAGGGGAGGGGAGGGGAGGGGGAGGGGGAGGGGAGUGGGAGGGAAGGGGGAGGGGAGGGGGAGGGGAGGGGGGGAGGGGAGGAGGAAGGUGCGGGGAGGUUUGGGGGGCCAGGGGGGGGGGGGGGGGAGGAAGGUGGUUCUCUGCGGACGCGCAAAGCUUCCAUCUACGGUGGUCCAGCAACGGUGGUCGGUGCGCGUCGACUGAGAGCGUCAAGAAAAUGGGGUGUGGAAAGGGCGGAAGGGAGGGGGAAGGGGAGAGGAGGGGGAAGGUGUGUGCGGGAGGGGAAGAGGGCACGGAGGGGCCACCAAGGGACAUUCAUGACAGCUCAGCCAAUCCCCCUCUCAAACAGCUUCUGGCUGUGCCAAACCCAUCCCGAUAUUUCAGUCGACUCAAUAUUCCGCCCUUUCCCUGCCUCAUCUCCCCAACCCCCCAAAUGCAGGUCAACCGCGCGCCAUUCACGCCAGAGGAAGACGCAAGACUGCUAGCGAGCGUUGCGUGGGGCUCCCACGGCGAAACCAAGUGGGCAGCAAUUGCCUCGGCGAAACUCCCUUCGCGAAAUGGUUACCAGAUUCAGAGCCGCUGGCACAGCUUAGUGAAGAAGCAGCGCUGGUGGAUCAACCCUCCCGCUGGAAGUGGCUCAUUGAGGGGGGGACUUCCCCCCAACGGGGAGGGUUAUCAGAUUCAGAGCCGCUGGCACAGCCUCGUGAACAACCAGCGCCGGUGCCUCAACCCGCCUGCUGGUGGUGGCUGGCCAAGGGGAAAGUCGUCAGCGGGGGGAACCACUUACACUAGUCCUACGUGUUUUGAGUCGACUCUAAACUCAGCAAAGGGGGACAACUACACUAGUACUAGUGUUGGAGCUUCUGUUAACCUGCCCGCUGCCACCACUCGCGGAGGGUCGUGGGCGGCAAACACAACUCCCGCUGCAGAUGCGCCGCCCGCUGCCACUACUCGGGGAGGUUCAUGGGCGGCAAACACAACUCCCGCUGCAGAUGCGCCGCCCGCUGCCGCCUGCAAUCGGUCCGCGAGAAAACCCGUCGCUGCUGCGGAUUCUCGACCUACCAUGACAGGCAGUGGUAUGGUGGUUCCUCGGGUGUUUCGCCAGGUGAUUCCCCAGGUGCCGCUGCUCCAAUCAUCACUGCAGCCUCUGCAGAUCCCUCAGCCGUUGCUGCGUUCAUCCUGA